AAUAAUUUUCCUUAGAAAAAUUUGGGUAGAGUCCAAAGUUGAGUAAAGGAAGACAGAAAUCCAUUUAAAAUACAAGAGAAAUCACAUAUCAUCAUUCCAUAAUAUACUCUCAGCCACCAUUAAAAUACACACAACACUUGAGCUGAGCAGUGUCAGCAAAGAUUCCAAUUUUCCAACCAAUCUCUUCUCCUCCUUUUUGCACCACCGGUACGGCCGCUGUAUUGCCGCCGGUGGUACCUCAGUCCCCACUCCACCGUCGACUGAAAAAAAAGAAGAGGACCCACAUUUCCUCCAUUAUUUACCUACCAAGUACUGCUCCAACAUAUAUUUGAAAUUCAAUUCAGUUCAAUUCAAUCAUGGAAAAAAUCAGAGUUCUCUUUUUCUCCACUUUCACUAUGUGGGUUACAAAGUAAAAAAGGGGAAGCUGAAAUUUAAUUUCCUCUGUUUUUGAAGAUGCUCUGCUGCAAAAAUUCAGUUAAAAAUGGCCGUGGAUCUGUUCCGGUGUACCUAAACGUAUACGAUCUAACCCCAAUGAAUGGAUAUGCUUAUUGGCUUGGUCUCGGAGUUUACCAUUCCGGCGUUCAAGCUAGUUCAUGGAGUUGAGUAUGCAUUUGGAGCUCAUGAGUAUCCAAGUACUGGAAUUUUCGAAGGGGAGCCUAAAAAGUGCGAGGGAUUUAUUUUCAGAAAGACAAUUUUGAUCGGAUGGACGGAGAAGACACCUGGAGAAGUAAGAAGAGUUAUGGAAGAACUUGCUGACAAGUAUAAAGGAAAUGCUUACAACCUUAUUACUAAGAAUUGUAACCAUUUCUGUAGCGAUGCUUGUGUUAAACUCACUAGCAAUCCAAUUCCCAGUUGGGUUAAUCGACUAGCAAGAAUUGGUUUCAUUUGCCAUUGUAUCGUUCCAAUGAGCUUAAAGUCUACCAAAGUCCGCCACCAUCGGAUGGAGGACAAGGCAGGUGAAGGGAACAGCAAGAAACCUCAGAGCAGCUCGAAUAACCCGACUCAAUCUUCAAAUCCAUCAGAUGAAGGGGACAAGAAGAAACCUCAGAGCAACUCGGAUAAGCCGGCCCCAUCUUCAAAUCCAUCAAACAACAAGAAGCCUCAGAGCAGCUCCAAUAAGCCUACAACUUUAAAUCCAUCGUCAGCUUCUUCGCAAUCUCCUCCAAUUGCCAAAUCCACUAGUAACAAAACCAGAAGCCCUCUACCUCCACCUACGCCAUUGACAUCAGAUUCAAAUGCAUCCUAGAAUUUCCUGAUGCAGAAAGGACAAUGCUUUAUUUGAUUCACCUUUAUUCUUUUGCUCGUUUCUUCAUAAUGCUAACAAAUAUUGUAUAUGCAAAUGCUUUCAGUGAAAUGAAAAUCUAAAAUAUGCAGCAACAAGCAAAUGGAGGUUAA